UGAAACCCCACAAAAAGCACCUUGGGUCUAUCCCUCGGCGUAUUUUCUCCUAGCAUAGGAAAACAUAAAUAAACAAUAAUAAUAAAAAACUCCCGAGUGUUGUAAACACAUAUAAAAGCACCCGAGAAUCAUUCUUGAGUUAUUAAAAGGUCAUUGAUCACGUCCUUUAAACCAAUCCUUGCCCGUUUCUGAGUUGAUUAAGCAGAUUUUUAAUUAUUUGCUAGUUAGUAACUCUAUGUAAAGAAAGACGAUAAGAUAAAUGAAAGUUAUUCCUAUCUGAUAACUUCUUGUGCUUCAUUCCUUUCUAAACAGUGCACUUCCUCUUGCUUUGGAUAACAGCUUUCUGGAUACACCUCGGCAUUAAGCAAGAAUUCAUGAUCACAAAAAUGAAGAAUGUGCGUUGUCGUGGCGGGUGUCAUCUGACCUCGGUCGUCUGGCUCAUCAUCUUCUGCUUCUUCACAGCUGCUUCCGCGAAGACCCCAGUCAGAAAAAUUCCAAGGACCAGCGACAGCUCGGCUCUUGGGGUUCAGCUAAAUAUAAAGAAUCGUCAACGGGUGGUGAUUGAUAAUGGACUCGUCGAAGUCACAUUCUCCAGUCCAGAUGGUGAUGUUACCGGAAUCAAAUACAAAGGAAUCGACAACGUGCUUGAAAUCGGCAACGAUGAAGAUAAUCGAGGAUACUGGGACGUCGUCUGGAACAAGCCAGGAGAUCCCAUCAUCUUCGACAAGUUAGUAGCAACAGAUUUUAGAGUGAUAAUGGAAGAUGAAAACCAAGUGGAGGUAUCCUUCACCAAAACAUGGGAUCUUUCAAUGGGAAACUCCACAGUUCCUUUAAAUGUAGACAAAAGAUAUAUAGUAAGGCGUGGUCAGUCGGGGCUCUACUUGUACACCAUAUUGGAACGCUUGGAAGGAUGGCCCGAUGUUGACAUGGAUCAAAUUAGAGUCGUUUUCAAGCUCCAAAAAGACAAGUUUCACUACAUGGCAUUAUCGGACUCCAGGAAAAGGACCAUGCCAAUGCCUGAAGACCGCGUAAGUGGCCAGCCUCUGGCUUAUCCCGAAGCUGUUCUUCUGACCAAACCGAUAAACCCAGAACUUAGAGGAGAGGUGGAUGACAAGUACCAGUACUCAUGCGAGGACAAAGAUAACAAGGUGCACGGGUGGAUUGCAGAGGACCCCCCUGUGGGAUUUUGGAUGAUCACACCCAGUAAUGAAUUCCGCGUUGGUGGACCCAACAAGCAGGAUCUUACUUCCCAUGUGGGCCCCGUUGUUCUCAAUAUGUUCACGAGCACACAUUAUGCUGGGAAGGACUUGAAUACAGAAUACAGAAAUGGAGAGCCAUGGAAAAAGGUCCUUGGCCCGGUACUCGUCUAUCUUAAUUCUAUUUCACCGAAAGAAGAUUCCUCGAUACUUUGGGAGGAUGCUAAGGAACAGAUGUCAAUAGAAGUCAACCGGUGGCCAUACGAUUUUCCUCAAUCAGAAGAUUUCCCUUCUUCAGAUCAGCGCGGUGCUGUCACUGGCCAAUUACUAGUUCGUGACCGAUACGUCAAUGAGAGGUUACUGUAUGCCUCCUCUGCUUAUGUGGGUUUGGCCGCGCCAGGAGAUGUGGGCUCAUGGCAAACAGAAUCCAAGGGUUAUCAAUUCUGGAUUCGAGCUGACAGACGUGGGCAUUUUUUGAUUAAAAAUGUCAGAGCUGGGAACUAUAGUCUGUAUGCAUGGGUUCCUGGUGUCAUUGGGGAUUACAAGUAUGAUGCUAAUAUAACAAUUAAUCCAGGAUCUAGGAUCAGAUUUGGUCACCUUAUAUACGAGCCUUCAAGAAAUGGUCCUACUCUGUGGGAUAUAGGCAUUCCUGACCGCACAGCUGCAGAGUUCUACGUACCAGACGGAUACCCAACACUGAUGAAUAAAUUGUACACCAGUGAUCCAGCAGAAAAGUUUAGGCAAUAUGGAUUGUGGAACCGAUACUCCGAUUUAUAUCCCAACGAUGAUCUCGUUUAUACCAUUGGUAUUAGUAAUGUUAAAGACUGGUUCUUUGCCCAUGUUACCAGAGAUGCAGGAAAUAAGACGUACGAUCCAACAACAUGGCAGAUUAUCUUUGAACUCCAAAACGUAAACCGAAAUGAAAACUACACUCUCCGAUUGGCCUUGGCUUCAGCUACUGCAUCCGAAAUACAGGUUCGGUUCAACAAUCCAAGUAGCGAUCGGCCACUAUUCACAACAGGAGCCGUAGGAAAGGAUAAUGCGAUUGCAAGACAUGGGAUUCAUGGGUUGUACUGGUUGUAUGGCAUUGAUGUCCCAGGCUCUCAGCUUGUCGAGGGAAAAAAUACAAUUUACCUCACUCAGGCUAGAAGUGAUGGCCCCUUCCAUGGUGUCAUGUAUGAUUACAUUCGUUUAGAAGGACCAAGAGGAACUUGAACAGUUGUAGAGGAAUCCUAUUAUUCUUAGGAUCCAAAUAGAUAGAUUAUAUGUUAAUUCAAUAUUGAUGGUAUAGUUCAUAUUCUUUUAUACAGAAGAAAAAAUUUGAAUUCCAGCAA